AUGAAGGCCGCUGAGGAAACCGAGAAGAUGUUGAAGAAGGCAUUGGAAGAGGCACCUACUGUAAUCACCAGAGCUACUGCGGCGUAUGAUGGCGCCGAGAAUGCCUCCAAGAGUGCCGUGUUAGUGAUGCAACUCCUGGAGAAGGCAUUGACCCAGGGGAAGAAAGGAGUCAAGGAGGCUCCAGCGGCAUCGCAGGAUCGUUCCCCCGCGCGUACCUUUACAGGACAGACGCACGGAGACUCACACAACAUUGGUCAUCGGCAGGGACAACCCAGCAGUCCUUCCACUCCACGACAGCACUCUGCACAGCAACAGGCCCCCAACCCCACUGAGGGUGCGGGGUCGCCCUCAGACACUUCUAAAAAGAAGUCGGAUGAAAUCUCUUCGACAAGAGUGAGGGGAAAUACCGGAGGUGAUACAGACAAGGCGAGCACCUCCACAGUCAGCACACAAGCUCAUAGUGCCACACAAAGCAGAGAAGAAAAAGAUGAUGCUGGCGCACCGUUGACAGGACCUAACAGCAAUGCAGACACUACCCUGCGCGAUGUUUGGAGUGCGGACAGCAGCGUCAGUCCUUCGUGGGUGCGCACACCGUUGCUGCUGGUGGUGGGUGUGCUGGGCCUCCUGGCUGUGUGCUGA